AUGCUCACACUUGGACUUGGACAGUUAUUUUAUGUCUUGUUAUGUUUUAUAAACGCGAUUGCAGUAUUAAGCGAAGACAGAUUCCUAGCAAGAAUCGGAUGGACAGUACAACCCGAAGCAGGAUUUGGCAAUGAACAAAGUCAAACUAUCAAAUAUAAAAUAGUCAACUUAAUAUCUGCAGUGAGAACAUUAAUGAGAAUUCCAUUAAUUGGUAUAAACAUCAUUGUUAUAAUUUAUGAACUUUUACUUGGAUAA